AUGGCAGAUGGGCGGCGACAUUCUGUUGAUAUUCCCAUCACAAGAACCCUUAUAGCUCUCAGGAGAGUGAGGUCACUAAGGGAUCCAUCAACCAAUUCUAUGAGCAAAUUCUCUGUUUUACUGGAAAAUGCCAACUGGGAAACAAAUUCCUCCAAAGAUAUAUCUUUACAGUUUGUCAAUGGUUCCAAAGAAGGUGGCUCGAACCAUAAUGGUCUUUCAGGAUGGAAAAAUUUAGGUCUUGAUGGACAAAGGGAGGAACAAAUUGAUAAUUUUGAUUUGCAACGUGAAAUGGAAAAUUCCAAGUUAAUUUUCUGUGAGAAUUCGGGUGGGGUGAAAAAUAUGGAUGCUCCUUGUAGAACCAAAAAGGUUCAAGGAUUGGAUAGUUGUGCGGAAGAGACUAAUGCAACCAAGUCGUUAAGUGAAGAAUAUUAUGGCGGUCCUAGGAACAAAGGGUUGGACUUGGUAUGCAUCACGUCUUCGAGCAAUCACUUGGAGGACAUGGAUUCAACUAAUGGCCCUAUUGCAGGAUCUUCACUAGGAGAAAGUACGGACCAAUCUUUGCCAAGACGAAAAUCUCGCUACAAAAAUCAAGUGAAGUCAUACGGUGCGGUGGGUGACAUUUUGAGUCGUGUGGGCAGUCCAUGCUUAUCUGUCAGUGAUGCUUUGUCUAGCCAUAGCACAUCAUUGUUUGCAAAUGAAGAAGCUGAUUUCAUGGUUCAAAAUGACCGUGGAAGUGGGAUGAGCUGCUGCUGGACAAGAACCCCAAGACUCAGGGAUUCAAAUUCGUAUUCCGAUGCAGAAGGCAAUCCAUUGUUGUCCAGGGAUGUAGCUAAGACAACUCCUUUUGGGAAGAGGAGCUGGAAGCACACUACAAAUGAAACUCCUAGGAGUUUGAGUCAGAAAUUUAGGCCAAAAUCUUUUGAUGAAUUGGUGGGACAAAAUGUGGUGGUAAGGUCUCUUUUGGGUGCCAUUUCUAGAGGAAGGGUAACCUCUCUAUAUCUCUUCCAUGGUCCUCGUGGCACUGGCAAGACCUCUGCCUCGAGGAUAUUUGCUGCUGCCCUGAAUUGCCUCUCACAUAAGGAGUACAAGCCAUGUGGUCUCUGCCGAGAAUGUGUCGCCUUCUUUUCUGGAAGGAACCGGGAUGUGAAGGAAGUGGACUCUGUGAGAAUUAAUCGGGCUGAAAGGACUAGAUCCCUUAUUAAGAAUGCAUCAUUGCCACCGAUUUCAUCACAUUUCAAAGUUUUCAUUGUUGAUGAGUGUCAUUUGUUGCAUGGAGAGACAUGGGCAACUGUUUUGAAUAGCCUAGAGAACCUUUCUCAAAAUGUUGUCUUUGUGAUGAUCACUCCUGAACUUGAUACGCUACCAAGAAGUGCAGUCACUCGGUCUCAAAAGUAUCAUUUUCCAAAGAUAAAAGAUGCUGAUAUAACCAACAGAUUGAGGAAUAUCUGUGUUGAAGAAGGUCUUGACAUUGAUCAGGUUGCUUUAGACUUCAUUGCUGCGAAGUCAAGUGGUUCCCUUAGGGAUGCAGAAAUUAUGCUCGAUCAAUUGAGUUUGCUUGGUAAAAGAAUUACAAUGUCCUUGGCCCAUGAGCUUAUUGGAGUGGUUUCUGAUGAUGAAUUGCUUGAUUUGCUGGAUCUGGCUUUGUCAUCUGACACUUCGAGCACUGUUAUAAGAGCCAGGGAGUUGAUGAGGUCGAGGAUUGAUCCUAUGCAACUUGUAUCACAGCUCGCAAAUCUCAUAAUGGAUGUUCUUGCUGGUAAAUGCCAAGAUGAUAGUUCUGAAGUCAGAAGAAAGUUUUCAAGGAAGCAUGCUUUUGACUCUUUGUCGGUUAAAGCCACUGAGCAUGGCAUGAUGAAUUUGGCUAAUGACAUUUACCAGGUCAAACUGCUUGGCGCCACUGAAGGGGACAUGCAGAGACUGAGUCAUGCAUUGAAAAUACUUUCUGAGAGUGAGAAGCAACUGAGGAUGUCAAGAAACCAAAGUACAUGGCUCACAGUAGCUCUCCUGCAGUUGAGCUCACUGGAAGCUUCGUCCGUGGAUGUGAAUGAUUCAAAGUCUUCAAUGAGAAAUGGACAUGACAGAGAUGGGGACUUUUCUAGCCCACCAUCCACUGGGGAGAGCUUGAAGCAUCUUGCCCUCUCUUCAUGUGAAGACAGUAAGUUGCUAAAAUCGCAAGUACCAGGGGAUGGUAAAGUGACAUUAGAUUCCAUAUGGAAGAGAGCUAGUGAAUUAUGCCAAUCAAAUUCACUCGGGGAUUUUCUAAGGAAACAAGGGAAACUAUCUUCUCUUCAUGUUAAUAGAGGUCUGGCAGUAGCUGAAUUGGAAUUCCAUCAUCCUGACUAUGCAUCUAAGGCUGAAAAGUCAUGGAAGCUCAUUGCAAGUUCUCUGCAAACAAUUUUGGGUUGUAAUGUUGAAAUUCGGAUCAAUCUUGUACUUUGUGCUCCUGUGUCAAAGUGUGGGAAAUUAAGGAAGCUAUCGUUUAGUUUGUUUGGUUGUUCUCGGAGAAGACAGCACAAGUCAGAACCACCCAUGGAAUGUGGAAGUGACGCUGACUAUGAUCACAUAUCUGGAAAGACUAUGAUGAGGGAGAAAGCUAUUUCAGCUUGUCCCUCUGAUUGUGGAUCUCAAAUACCACACAACUGUUGUCGCAGUGUGGAAAUGGUGCAGGGGGCUCUGAGAAAUAGUGAAGGGAAUGUGCUGAGCAUAGGGACUACCUCAUCUCACAGAUCACUACCUGAUGAUACAUCUAAAACCCCUGGGUAUGGGUUUCCUUCUUCAAAGGCUGGGGGAAACGACCUUGACCGUACAAUUUUUUCUAGCCAAGAGGCUGAGGGUCAACCGAACUGCUUUCCUAGAAGUCUCAUGCUGCAAAAGAAGUUACGUGCUUCAGAGAAUACUCAAGCGGUUUGUAUAGGUAAUCAUCUAGAGAACCAGCUGGCAUUGUCUAUCCCUGGGAAGAAAUCUAUUGAAACAUGCACUCAAGCCAAUGAUUGCAAUGACUACAACUCCACAAUUGAGAAUGGGCUUGGGAGUCGGCACAUCAGCAACGAAGAUCACCUUUGGUUAGCUGGGUUCUUCCGUGUGCCUCUGCCAAGUAGUUCUGCUGCUAUAUGGGGCAGAUGA